AUGGCGGACCUGAGCAAGAAGUACUGCGUAUAUUGCUUAGCCGAUGUGACCAGCCUGCGCCUCCGUUGCACGGAAUGUCAGGACAUCGAGCUGUGCACAGACUGCUUCUCGGCGGGGGCAGAGAUCGGCAAUCACCGGCGGUGGCACGGCUACCAAUUAGUAGACGGCGGCAGAUUCACCCUAUGGGGGCCCGAAGCCGAGGGAGGCUGGACCAGCAGGGAAGAGCAGCUGCUGCUCGAUGCAAUCGAACAAUUUGGCUUUGGAAACUGGGAGGAUAUGGCUGCACACGUGGGAGCUUCCAGAACACCAACAGAAGUAAUGGAACACUACGUCACCAUGUAUAUUCACGGCAACCUAGGGAAAGCAUGUAUUCCAGACAGUAUCCCCAACAGAGUAACUGAUCACACAUGUCCCACAGGAGGUCCACUGUCCCCGAGCCUCACCGCCCCACAGACUCCUUUAGACUUAACAGUUGCAGAUCAGCAGCAGUUGGGGUACAUGCCACUCCGAGAUGACUAUGAAAUUGAAUACGACCAGGAUGCAGAAACUCUAAUUAGUGGGUUGUCUGUAAAUUAUGAUGAUGACGAUGUUGAAGUAGAACUAAAAGAAGCCUACGUGGAUAUGUAUGUAAGGAAACUCAAAGAAAGGCAACGGAGGAAAAGCAUAGCAAGGGAUUACAAUCUUGUGCCUGCCUUUUUGGGUAAAGAUAAAAAGGACAAAGAGAAACCGGGCAAACGGAAAAUUUCCAAAGAGGAGAAAGAGCUCCGAUUAAAACUGAGGCCGUUGUAUCAGUUCAUGUCAAACAAGGAAAUCGAGGACUUUUUCGAGAACACGCACAAAGAGCGGAUGCUUAGGGCUAAGAUCCGGGAACUGCAGAGGUACCGCCGCAAUGGCAUCACCAAGAUGGAGGAAUCUGCUGAGUAUGAAGCUGCCAGACAUAAACGGGAGAAGAGGAAAGAAAAUAAGAACAUUGCAAACAACAAGAGAGGUAGAGAAGAUGGCAAGGAGAGUGAAUUUGCUGCCAUUGAAAACCUUGCUGGGUUUGAACUGUUGUCUGACAGGGAGAAGGUGCUGUGCAGCUCCCUCAAUUUGAGCCCCACUCGCUAUCUGACUGUAAAAACCAUCUUUAUUAAGGACCACCUACAGAAACGGCAAGGGAUCCCUUCUAAAAGCCGCCUCCCCAGCUAUCUGGAUAAAGUAUUAAAGAAAAGGAUUUUAAAUUUCCUAACAGAGAGUGGCUGGAUAGCUAGAGAUGCAUCCUGACAGGUUCUUCUUUGAAAGACUUCAAGGCACAGAGAGUCCUGUUUAUAUGUCCUCCUAUUAACCCUUCAUGCUACAGUGAUAAGUGGCCAUUGGGUUUCUCAUCACAGCAGUGUGAUGAGGGGAAACACUUGGUGUUAUGUUUUAUACAUCCAUUCACACUGUGCUCCAAUCACAUGUACUUCAAGUACAACACAAGGAGUUACGUGGCUGUUUGCAAUUUAGGUCUAACACAGGUUCAGUGGCUGGAAAGGAAUUGCUCCCAAAACGUUUCCCUAAGGGAAUAGCUGCUGUGCAGUACAUUAGAAAGGGUGAUUGAUAUCCAUAUAUUUGUAUCUUGUCUAUAUUGGAGAACAUGGGGAUAACGUAUCCCAGGUGGGCAAAUCAGCUUUUUGAUCUGUUACCAUGCCGAUGGACAGAAAUAAGUGUACAUUUUUGAUUAAACUGUUUGCAGAUUCUA